GUGAAAUCUGAAAUAACCUUUUUUUGUUUUGUGGCAGAAACUGAACUGAGGCUGCAUUAUAUCUGGACUUCGACGAGCCACAGAACAAACUUAACUCAGCUGUGUAAAGAUGCUUUUUUUUAAAAAAGUCUCCAUUUAUUUCUUAAUGACGCACAGGCUUGAGACGAACCGCAAUGCAGCAGACAUCGACCUAGAACAGACUGGGAACCAGACAUAAAAUCUGACAACACAGAAAGUGUCAAGGUGAAGGUGUGUGCACUCACCUGCUCUCCACGACGGCCCCCCCGCUGCUGCUGCUCCCACUGCCCAUGCUGACCGCUGCUCACUCACUGACCGCUGCUCACCUGCUGCCCGUCCUUGUGCCUCUCGCCCAAAUCCGGUGCGGUCUGCAUCGACGGCCAGUGGUCAGAUCCAAUGGAAGACAGUGAGUCACGCAGCCGAGGACGAGCCGGAUAAUGCUUUAUCUCUCGCUCUGGAGGUCACUGUGUACAGCGAGGCUCUUAACGAGGCUCAGGUUUCAAGUUCAAAGUCAUCAUUUUGGAUGAUUUAUUUACUAAAGAAAAGCUGUAGGUCACAUGACCCUCUCUGCUGGCUCUCUCUGAGCAUGCUCAGUUCACUGUGUUGUCAGGCAAAAAAGAAGGCAGCUCUGGAGCAGACGAGAUCUGCAGCAGAUAAACACACACAGAGAGAGAGAGUUAGUAUGGAUGAGCGCUGCUAGUGCACAGUAAUUCUGCCGUGUUGGAUGUUUGGGCCGUGUUUCUGUAUGCAGGGUGCUGUCGAUGCGCUGUGUGUCGUGUCGGAGGAGAAGCAUCCGUCUGAAGUAAUCUGUUUAUUUGUCCAGAGAGCUCAUCUUACUGAAGACGUCUCCUGUCGUCCCAGAGUGCCUGUGUUUUGUGGUUUGAGCUGAAAUGGAUCAGAAAAGCUUCUUCCUGUCAGAGACGCGUCUGUGAACACCCGAGCCAAUGGAUGUUAAAGGCCAGGGCUGGACGGAUGAAGAAUCGGACGGAGAGAAUGAACCGGAGCAGUUUCUGUACGGGAUUCAGGGGAGCUGUGCAGCUGACCUGUACCGUCACCCACAGCUGGACGCAGACAUCGAGGCCGUAAAAGACAUUUACACGGACAGCGCUGUGUCCGUCAGAGAGUACGGCACCAUCGACGACGUGGACAUCGACCUGCAGAUCAACAUCAGCUUCUUGGAUGAGGAGGUGGCGACCGCGUGGAAGGUGAUCCGAACCGAGCCCAUCGUCUUACGCCUUCGCUUCUCUCUUUCACAGUACCUGGAUGGACCAGAGCCGUCUGUGGAGGUGUUUCAGCCGUCCAAUAAAGAAAGCUUCAGCUUGGGCCUUCAGCUAAAGAAGAUCCUCAGUACGUUCACGUCGCAGCAGUGGAAGCACCUCAGUAAUGAGUUCCUCAAAGCCCAGCAGGAGAAGCGGCACAGCUGGUUCAAAGCCGGAGGAACCAUCAAGAAAUUCCGAGCAGGAUUGAGCAUCUUCUCCCCGAUUCCCAAGUCUCCCAGUUUCCCCCUGAUCCAGGACUCGGUGUUGAAAGGCAAACUGAAUGUGCCCGAGCUCAGAGUCACCCGGCUCAUGAACCGCUCCAUCUCCUGUACCAUGAAGAACCCCAAGGGGGAGCUGUUUAGUUAUCCUCCGAACAGCCAGACUGUGGCUGUCCCGGCGGGCAGGGCCCCUGCGCAGAUUACCACCCGCCAGCUGAUUGAGUUGUUUUUCUCAUCCCAGGCGGGCGGACACUGCAAGAACAUCCCCACGCUGGAGUACGGCUUCCUCGUGCAGAUCAUGAAAUACUCUGAGCAGCGGAUCCCUACUCUGAACGAGUACUGCGUGGUGUGUGACGAGCAGCAUGUCUUCCAGAACGGAUCCAUGCUGAAGCCUGCGGUCUGCACGAGAGAGCUGUGUGUGUUUUCCUUCUACACGCUGGGAGUGAUGUCCGGAGCGGCCGAGGAGGUGGCCACCGGCGCUGAGGUGGUGGAUCUGCUGGUGGCCAUGUGUCGCGCUGCUCUCGAGUCGCCUCGUAAAAGCAUCAUCUUUGAGCCGUAUCCAUCUGUGGUCGACCCCAAUGACCCCAAAACCCUCGCCUUCAACCCGAAGAAGAAGAAUUAUGAGCGUCUGCAGAAAGCUCUAGACAGUGUGAUGUCUAUUCGGGAAAUGACGCAGGGCUCGUAUCUAGAGAUCAAGAAGCAGAUGGAUAAACUGGAUCCUCUGGCUCAUCCGUUACUGCAGUGGAUCAUAUCCAGUAACAGGUCUCAUAUUGUGAAGCUGCCGCUCAGUAGGCAGCUGAAGUUCAUGCACACAUCUCAUCAGUUUCUGCUGUUGAGCAGCCCGCCUGCAAAAGAAGCUCGAUUUCGCACCGCAAAGAAGCUCUACGGCAGCACCUUCGCCUUCCAUGGCUCCCAUAUUGAGAACUGGCACUCGGUUCUGAGGAACGGACUGGUCAAUGCUUCUUAUACUAAACUGCAGCUGCACGGAGCAGCGUACGGGAAGGGCAUCUAUCUGAGCCCCAUUUCCAGUAUUUCCUUUGGAUACUCAGGAAUGGGGAAGGGCCAGCAUCGCAUGCCCACUAAAGAUGAGUUAGUGCAGCGAUAUAAUCGAAUGAACACACUGCCACAGAGUCGACCCAUACAGUCACGCUUCCUCCAGAGCAGGAACUUAAACUGCAUCGCUCUCUGUGAAGUGAUCACAUCCAAAGAUCUGCAGAAACAUGGAAACAUCUGGGUGUGUCCGGUGUCUGACCACGUCUGCACACGCUUCUUCUUCGUGUAUGAGGACGGUCAGGUGGGAGACGCAAACAUCAACACACAGGAGCCCAAGAUCCAGAAGGAGAUCAUGCGUGUGAUCGGCACCCAGAUCUACUCCAGCUGAGGGCCUUCCUUUCCUCCGCUCUGUCCAUCUCUGCUUUCUUUCUUCCUGUCUUUCGCAAGGGAUGCGGGAUGAGAUGAAGGAAAUCUUCAGGAUAAGCCCCGCCCACAACCCUUUGACUUCCCACAGAGCCGCCGCCGCCGCCGCUGUCAAUCAAAAGCAGACGGGCGCCUGAUUGGACGAGACGGAACUCACCAGAGUGUGAUGUCACAUCUGUCACUCUUAAUAUCUGUACACGUAAAACCAAGAAACUCCUUUCAAAUGUUUACUGUGUUUUUUUGCGUCUCUGGAUAGUAGAUGAUGAACCUGUGCGUUUUAUUGUGUUCGUAUCUUCUUCAUCUUUCUCCUCCGCUGCUCUUUCUGAAUGAUGACAUGUAUUAAUAUCCCAGAUGGAGUUUCCUCCUGACAUUAAUUUCCCGUCUUUUGUUGCUCGGCUCCGCUGAGAGGACGGGGACACGUCGUUUCUCAUGUUUAUGCUUUUUGGUGACGUCGUCUGAAAGCUUUAUUUCAGACAUUCCCGAGUGCUUGAGAGGGAUUUCCACAGAGCUCUGGCUUUAUAGGAAGAUGCACGCUAGCAGUCAAACAUUUGGACACAUUAUUUAUUCUAUUUCCACACGUUACAAUAAGAGUAAAGUGUGCAAACGCUGAAAUCAAAAAAAGUUAGCGUGCAAUGCAAGUUGCAAUCGUCUCGUCUUGAUGUGCUUUGCAUCAAAAGGCUUUAAAAAUGAUUAUAGUAGAUGCAUAAUAAAUAAAAAUGCAUGCAUCAGAAAAAAGGUUAAUUAAAAAGUUGCACGCCAUUCAGAACGAGCCAAAGCAAAAAUGAGUAAUAAACCAGAUCAUGAGAACUUAGAUUUAUUAAAUCUAAUUCUGAAUCGUGCAAUUGUUGAUUGAUUUAUGACAGUCACUCAUUGUUUGUGGAUGUCGUAAAAAUAAAAUCAAGUCAAAUAAAAAUGCAUUGCACAUUGAAAUGUCAUGCCACUUGUCGUCCAGUUUGUGAUCAUCUUUAUGAUUUGUUUUUGUAAUAUUCUAAACAUAACUUACUAAUCAUAACCUGCCAGUGUGGCUAGUGAGUUAUGUGUUAACCUGCAUGGCAGGUGUUGCAUGGAUAAAUCAUUUAUACCAUAUUCCAUAAAAGAGAAAGAGAGAGAAUUUUAAUAAAAUAAAAAAAAGAAGUAUAUGAUUGAUUUCAGUGAUUUAAUCAGAUGUGUUGUGUCCAGGUGUUUGACUUCUGGUGUUUGUGCUGAUUCUGUUGGAUCUCUCUGGUGUUGGUGGGAUUGUAAAUGAUUUGAUGAGGGUCCUGCACUGAUUCUCUCGCCUCAUGCACCUUUUCUUCUGGAUCUGUGUUGGACCUGAAGGAGGCUGUACAUAAUGAAGGACAGGAGGAAUGCGUUCUCUGGUUGUUUCUCUUUGCUCACGCUGUAUGAACUGAUCCUGAUGAACUGAAUUAAUAAAGAGAGGUUUUUUUUGCACAA